ACUAAACACACACACACGUAUAUAUUUAACUUUUAAGUCGUGAUUAAGUUAUAUGUAAAAAACAUGGUUAGGGUUAACUAGAUUAGAAUAGAAAUACUGUCUAAACCUAAUUCUAAAGCCGUUUUAAGUAACUUUACAACGUAACUAUUCAACAUCUAGCAAAAGACAGGAAGGAACUUACAACUACAUUUUAAUGGAACUCUUGAUGUGGUUCAUUAAUUGAAAGUAUACAACUUCUCCGCUUGAAACAAAUAAUGUAUGAUGACCACAGUUUAAGUGACGAUGAAGAUUUUGAAAAUGAGGCUCAGUCAUCAGAACUUCAAGGAACUCUCAGUAAGUGGACGAACUACAUACAUGGUUGGCAGUCGAGGUACAUUAUCUUGAAAAAUGGUGCACUUUCUUACUACAAAUCUGAAAAUGAUGCUGGAUAUGGAUGCCGUGGAUCAGUUAGUAUACAUAAGGCCACAAUAAAGCCACAUGAAUUUGAUGAGUGUAGGUUCGAUGUAAGUGUCCAUGAUUGUGUGUGGUACCUCCGAACUGACUGUCCUGAAGAGAGAAAUCGUUGGGUUGAAAUCUUGGAGACUUGUAAAGCUGAUUCUGCUUAUGGAAGUGAGAGUAGCUUACGUCGCCAUGGUUCUGCCAUCUCUCUUGGUUCAGCUAAUUUUUCCACUGCCAGCGUGUCAUCGUUUAAGAAAGCGAUAAGUCUCAAGGUUAAACUAGCUGAGAUGGAAACGUUCCGAGACAUCUUGUGUCGGCAAGUUGAUAUGCUACAGAGCUACUUUGACACUUGUGCCGACACCGUUGCAACAACAAAUGAUAGAGAAAAUUAUUUUCACUUGGAUGAAGAUAUUGAGGACAACUUAACCUCUCUGAAUCCGGAUGUCAAUCCUGAAGAUAUGAUUUACAGUACAGUUCUCAGUUCCUGCAAAUAUAAAGAUCAUAUCCAAACUCCUCAUGUAACCAAGGAGUUGUUAUCCCAACAUGGGUCUCAUGCUGUCGACUUUAAAGGGGAAGCAGUUACAUUCAAAGCUACUACUGCUGGAAUUCUAUCUAUCCUCGCACAUUGCAUUGAUAUUAUGCAGCAACGUGAGGAAAAUUGGAAACAUCACUUAGAAAAGGAAGUGGAAAAAACGAAAAGAUUAGAUGAACUCUACAAACAUGCAGUUUCAGAAGCUAAGUCUCAACAGCCAGUAGUUUUGGGAGGUCCUGAUUACGAGGAGGGUCCCCACUGUGUGAUCAAUGAAGAAGAAUUUUUUGAUGCAAUUGAUGCUUCUUUGGACAAGAAUGAACAGCACGAAGAAGAAAGGAGAAAUUCCAGGAAUAUCACAGCUGAACUAGCCCAGUUCCUUCCAUCUAUUCUCAAAAGUCGGCACAAACUGUGGUCUGAGAUUGAGGCUAUCUCUAUGGAACAGCUGAGUUAUGCAAAGAUGGGUGUUGGAGAGGGUGGUUGGCAGUUGUUUGCAGAGGAUGGAGAAAUGAAAAUGUACAGGAGAGAAUUAGAAGAAGGUGGAAUGGUUCUGGAUCCUCUCAAGGCAGUUCAUGUGGUGCAGGGUGUGACCGGACAUGAAGUAUGCCAUUACUUCUUUUCUCCCGAUGUUCGGUUUGACUGGGAGACAACUCUGGAGUCAAUGAAAAUAAUUGAAGAGAUUGAUUCGAAAACUCUGAUUUUUCAUCAAGUUCAUAAGAGAGUGUGGCCUGCCACCCAACGUGAUGCCUUAUUCUGGUCUCACAUGCGACAAGUUCCUAACAAUGAUGAUUCGGAUGCACAAACUAUCUGGCUUGUUUGUAAUCAUUCCACAGAUCAUGAAGACGUCCCAGUUGGAAAAUGUGUACGAGUAUUCCUGACCAUUAGCUUAGUCUGCCAGACGUUCGUUGAUCCACCGGCUGAAAAUGAAGAGAUAAAUCGGGAAAAUUUGAUGUGCAAAAUUAUCUACUGUUCAACCAUAAACCCAGGUGGUUGGACUCCAGCCUCGGUCCUCCGUGCCGUGUAUAAGCGAGAAUACCCAAAAUUCCUGAAAAGAUUUACUCAGUAUGUUAAAGAUAUGACAGAGACGAAGCCUAUCAUGUUUUAAAGAAAUGGUCAGUGUUCUCAACACAUGUAGUCACAUUGAAGGAGGUGGUUUUUGUUUGUCAUGUAUAGCAGAUAAAUUAUUGCAAUGUUUCAUCAAGAGCUCUUGUUUAUUUUAAACUAUUGUAAUUAAUGGAAAGUAAGUCAGAGAAAGGUUCCAGUUUUUAAAAAUAGAAACAUUUAUUUGACUAAAACUGGAAGAGUUAAAAAAUGUAAAUGAAUUCAUUACUGGUGUAAUUUUGUUUAAUAACUUUGUUUUAGCUAUUUCAAUUUUAGCUAAAAUAAUUCAAAAAGUAAAGUAAAAAGAGAAAAAUUUUUUGCCUUACCUCAUGGUUUGAAAAGAAAAGGAAUUAUUUUUAUGUGCCGAAAUUUUUUACUAUAGAAGAAUUUUAGAGUCUGUUAGGAAAGCUUUUAAUUAGCCACUUUUACUCUUGAAACUAUAAGAAAUGUCACAGAAGGAUAAUGUACAUAGCUGCUUGAAGUAAUUUGUACAGCAGUAUGAAGAAAUAAAGCGAUAUUGUUAUUAAA